GCCCCGUGCGGACGUGUAUUGCCUCCGCCCGCGCCAGAUAGUGGUAUAAAAGUAUCAGUCGCCGGCAUCCACCCGGCAAAUCGAGCGUGGUUUUCCGCGACAUGUAGUGUUCUUGUUUCAAGCGCAAAACAAAGUCAAGUUGUCGGGAAAUACGCUGAUUUGAUUAGCAUCCUUUCUUCGUUUUUUUUUUCGGUGUGCGUAUCAGUUAUUGUUUGUUUUGGAUAGACGAUCGAACGGCGUUUCGGUGUGCAAUUCAUCUCCAGUGAGCGAAAGUGAUUCGAAGAGGAAGGAGAGUCAGUGAUGAUGGCUUACCGGCGAAGCAGCAAUAGCGCUGCUUUUACGUUCCUGGUUAUGGGAGCAAUCGGUUACAUGGUUAACACUGUGUACGGCGCGAUGUUCACCAACGGCAACGAAACCUCAACCGACGGGCUGUUGUACCCGGUUGAAUCUGAAACGCGUGAAGUGAAAACCCUGGAUGGCGUAUGGAAUCUAGUUCGCUCGAACAUCAACAAUCCCUCGCAAGGACUGCGCGAGAAGUGGUACAGUAAUGACCUGAGCAAGUUCAGGCCAACGCUCCAAAUGCCGGUGCCAAGUAGCUAUAACGAUGUCACUGAAGAUCCCGCUCUGCGAGAUCACGUUGGGACGGUGUGGUACGAUCGAAAAUUCUUCGUACCGAAGUCCUGGGACAGUAAAGACCAGCGGGUGUUUGUUAGAUUCGGUUCGGUGCAUUACGAUUCGAUUGUGUGGAUCAACGGGCAGCAAGUUGUGAAACACGAGUUCGGCCAUCUUCCAUUCGAGGCCGAGAUUUCCAGCGUGUUAAACUAUGGUGCCGAGAACCGCAUCACGGUAUUGUGCGAUAACGUUCUCCUCCAGGUGACGGUUCCCCAAGGUAAAGUGGCGAAUCAACCGGUGGAUGGUGGCGUUGAGAUAGUUCAAAGUUAUACCUUCGAUUUCUUCAACUACGCCGGUAUCCAUCGUUCCGUGAUGCUGUACACAGUGCCGCGAGUAUUUAUACAGGAUGUUGAGGUUAAUACCGAUCUGAUCGGUGACGAAGGUCACAUUUAUUAUAAGGUAAAAAGCAAUCUGAACUUUAGCAACGAUUUGCAAGUGACGGUGAAAGUUAUGGAUAAAAACGGAACGGUGGUGGGCACGGAUAGUGCUGCAGGAGCAGGCUUGAAUGGUGUGGUCGUUGUGAAUAAUGUCAAGCUCUGGUGGCCUUACUUGAUGCAUGCGGAGCCCGGGUAUAUGUACACCAUGCAGAUCACUUUGGAAGGGAAAUCCAAUGAAGCCACAGAACCCGUGGGACACGUUCACGACGUGUACCGGAUGAAAGUUGGAGUGAGGACGUUGGAAUGGAAUAAUACAUCGUUCCUGAUCAACGGACAGCCCAUUUAUUUCCGUGGCUUUGGAAAGCAUGAAGAUUCAGAUAUCAGAGGAAAAGGUUUGGAUUACGCUCUGCUAACUAAAGAUUAUAAUCUUCUGAUAUGGGUAGGUGCAAAUGCCUAUCGUACCUCACACUACCCUUAUUCCGAGGAGAGCAUGCAAUUUGCAGAUGAACACGGUAUAAUGAUUAUUGACGAGUGCCCGAGCGUUGAUACAGAAAACUACUCGCAAGUUUUGCUGCAAAAACACAAAUUCAGCAUUGAACAGUUGAUUCAUCGGGAUCGGAAUCAUCCAAGCGUUGUUAUGUGGUCUAUUGCCAACGAACCUCGCACCGCUCUGCAGGCGGCUGAUGCUUACUUUGAAGCUGUGGCUGAAUACACACGUCAGCUUGAUCCUGCGCGACCGGUUACGGCCGCUAUCGCCGUGGGAGUCAACGAAGAUAAGGCGGCAAAGCAUCUCGAUAUCAUUAGUUUCAAUCGCUACAAUGGAUGGUACCAAAACGCGGGGAAACUGAACAUGAUAACGAACCGCGUGGUGGAGGAAGCCCAAGCUUGGAAUGCUAAGCACAACAAACCGGUAUUGAUGUCUGAAUAUGGUGCGGACACUAUGGAAGGGCUACACACGCUUCCCGCCUACAUCUGGUCUGAGGACUACCAAUCUCAGGUUUUUAGCCGACAUUUCCGUGCCUUCGAUCUUCUCCGCCAGCAGAAGUUCUUCAUCGGAGAGUUCGUGUGGAAUUUUGCCGAUUUCAAGACGGCUCAGACGUACACUCGCGUGGGAGGAAACAAAAAGGGUAUUUUCACCCGGAAUCGGCAACCCAAGGCAGCUGCUUAUCUGCUGCGCCAGCGAUAUCAUUCUCUGGCCGAGGAGUUGGACAAAAGCACACUGCCCGAUGAUUUGUUCCUAUACACAGCCGAUAGUGGAAAAAUCGGUGAUGCUAAAGUUGAGCUGUAAGUGUUAAUCGAUUGCAUUUAUUAGAUAAAAAAAUAGCAACGAGUAUUUUGUACAUAACUUUAUUCUUAAAAUAAAAGCGGUCUAAA